UAAUUGCUCCUAAAAUAACUUUUAACGUUAAUUCGUUCGUUAUUCAGUGUAUUGUGAAAAUAACUUGCAUGCGGCGAGCAUGUGGGAAAACAUGUUUAUUUUUUUAUUUAUAUUUCAUCUUUUCUGUUUUGGACUAUGUGGAUAUCCGCCGAUAGGAGACGAGGUGCAAGCAGGAAGCGUGCUUCUUCCGGCUUCCAGAAGAGGAAGGUAUCUAGCCAACAUUGUCAGAAGACAGGCUGUCGACGGAACGGGUAUAAAGUUCAACAAAGACGCUGACCGGAUGAACGCGGAAGCCAAGAAGAAGGUAGAUGUGCUCUCAGAGGAACUGCUCCCGUACAUCAUAGCUGAACAAGAGAGACGCACCACGCUGUACAAGAGAGUGAUGACCGCCAUACAGAAUGGAGAGAAAGGAGUCACUAUCGCUGAGAUUAGAAAUAAACCACCCGCUAUUAUAAGAAAAGGCCUAAUGUACCGUUGUCCCACGAAUCGGGCCCCCAAAGAGCCUGACGGUUCAGGCGUCAUCAUGUGCGAAGACGAUAUAGAUCCCCGGCCUAUUAUGUACGACUCCUGUCUGUCGGCGGAGGACAAGGAACUCUAUGUCGCUGAGAAUAGAUACUUCUUUUGUAAUCGACAUAAGAUUGAAGGUCCCGACCCGCCUCGCAACGGCACCGCAGUGAUCGGCUGCGCGCCUUGCGAGCGAACUUCACUCAACUACACCAGCAUGAAGUGCGCGCUAGAAGACACUGAUGACGUGGUGGUGCAUUACCGGUAUUAUCCGGAUAGGACAUACAAGUUUGUGUCGGAGUUAGACCCGGACAGAGAGGUGUGUGAGCACUGGAAUCCUUGUCAGAUUGGAUAUAUCUUCAGCCUACCAGGGCCUGACCAGGCUACCCUGGCCACCGAACUAUGGCAGGACGAUAGGAACGAGACUUGGUUACCAGCACAGGCGUAUGAGACGAGCGCUAGAAAGGUUGUCAUCCCCGACGGAUAUAACUAUGAGGGGGUCGGCAGAUGGGAAUCGACUGGCAAGAAACGCGUCAGUAUAGGUGCAGAGAUGCUGGUAAAUCUAAUCUGUUUCCAGAUGCCACAUAUUCUUGUUAUCAACGAGGUUGUUGGAAACAAUAGUGUUAAAAUCAAGAUUAAGUUUAAUCCACUAAAAAUGUCGGAUGCUAGAACGUACUACGCAAGGAUGGCCCAUAAAGAGAGACCACACAAGGAAAAGAAAUUCUAUAUUCCGUUGGUUACAAUCAAUUUCGGGCGUACGCACAUGAAUCCUCAAGUCCUGCACGUGUUGCCAGGACAGAAAUUGAAUACUACGUCUAUUUCGUUUACUUGUGACAAGUGUACCGUCACGGGCGUCAUGGUGAGAGGUGAUGAUGAUUCCGUCAGCAACCUGGAUGGAGCUCAGUAUAGAGUCCGCAAGUAUAAUGACGAGCAAUCGAUUAUAGAAAUCGAUUUUGAUGAGGUGCAGCCGAAGUUCUUUGGAGACUAUUUUCUGAUGAUACAGAAUGAAGACGGCAGUGAGGAAAAAGUCCGAGCCCUAACUGUGAUUCGUAAGUUCUUAUUUUAUUUUCAAUUGGCAAAAAAACACGGGCUUUUUUUAACGAUGGCAAAAAUCAUCGAAUGACCCCUCCCGCUGUGGGUUACGCGCGGUGAGGGAGUGUCAGACUCUUGCUGACUAAACACCGUCGUGUUCCGUCGUAGGUCUUUUAUGUACCAGGGCCGCGGUAACUCUUUC